UCAUCAUUCCAGCGAGGUGUGUUUCAUUCCCUAGUUACUCGAUAAUAAAAGCGGCGUGAAAGAUCCUCGCUUUCGCCAACUAUGAAUUCUUCACCGAAAUAUAUUUCAGAUGAAAUUUUCGAGUUCAAAAAACAGGAAAAUCCUCGCUACCACAACGAUGUCAACACCAACAGCAACCUGAAGCAAAGUUUAACCGUCGGUACCUCUCCAUACCGUACAUCCUGUUUUUCGCAAAGUCGUGAUUCUCUCGAAUCGAACGGAAGUGUUUACGAAGCUGUGUCGAUCGGAGAGACCAGUUUUGGCGGGAGUUUCGGUCACGAUGAAACGGAUGGCAGUAUUUUUGGCGGGAAGUCUCAUUCCUUUGCGGCUGACGAUGCCCAGGUGGUUCCUGAUUUCAAUGACAUUUUAGAAACAAUUCAUGUUGACUUGGAUGAAAAUAAUACUCGAUCCCACGUACAGUUUAUCACCGAAAUCGAAUCUCCCACUGAUACUUGUGGUCUUCAACGUAGAAACUUUGACAGAUCGCUUCUUAAAAGGAGGAACUCUGAGCGUGACGAAUUGGAGAUUUAUUUUCCCUGUGUUCUAACACCGAUCCCCGUUGAUCGUCUGUACAGCACUCUUGUUGACGAUUCGACGGUAUUCAAGUUUCCAACAAGUUCGGAUGAAUUCUUACCCGAGCAUAGAGACAGUGGUGGCUUGGUAACUCAGGCACAAAGUUUCAGUCAUUCUGUUCCCAUGUCAGAAAGCAAGAAUACCUUAGAAUCGUUUGGGAAUUUUAACGUGUUCUUAAAACCACACGGGAGUCAUGAACAGUUUGACCCAUCUGCUAAUAUGUUUGAGCUACCUACGGCGACUUUCAGGAUGAAAAAUCUUCCUGAUUCGUGUAAUGUGAUCCAGGAGAAAGAUUACAAUUUGGGGAGCGGAGAUUUCUGUCACGAAGGUAAUGGAUCACCACAUGUGGUUGAUAAGAAUACGCCGGUAUCACUGUCCGUCACUGGUGCAAAAAAUAACCACAAUCUUCAGAAGUCCCUAAAAAACACUUUUUUCUUGGAGGCGGUGAAUACAGUAGAUCGAAAUUACAUUUCGAGGGCUUCGAUGUCUCUUUCAGGGUGUCCAACCUUUUGUGAAACCUUACCAUUUCAGUUAAACUGUUCCAAGCUCAGCGAAAGCGUCACCAAAUUCCCGCCGACUUUGGGAGAGAAUACAGAUCAUUCUCUUAGUCGCAUUUUGUCAGAAGAAUGCUUUACAAACAGUUUUUUUGAUCACAACCCUGCAAAAGAACUUCCCUCGAAGAAGCAGUUACAAGUUAAAUGCAGCGACGAAGCUCUUCAACUUGCUCGUGCAGAGACUUUGAAUGUUAGCGAUGGAGUAUUUUCCAAACUGGACUCAAGUCUAUGCAGCGUGCAGGAUGACUUAUGGAAAAGCACGCAGAGACGAGAGCGGGAGCUGCAGCGUAAUCCAAAGAAAACUAACAUUGAAAUAAAGACAACCGCCUCUCCGAAUGCUAACCGUUCGGCGUUUUUUAUGGGAAAUAGUGAAAGACAGAAGGAAAGCCUCAGAUCGAAGCGUUUCAAAAAGAAAGGUAACCUUCAGGGAGAAACAAGGGACCUUCACAACGAUAUGGAAAAACAGCGAAGAACUAAUAUGAAAACACGCUUUCAAAAUCUUCGCCUGACCUUGCCUGAAUUGAAAGACAAAGAGAAAGCUUCGAAAAUUGUCAUAUUGCAGAAGGCAUUCCAGUACAUUGUCCUGUUAGAACAGGAAUCGAUAGAGCUAGAAAACAGAAAAAGAGCCGAAAGGCAAAGAAAUAUAGAUCUUUUGGAAAAACUACAAAAAAUAACUUCAGGAGAUUACACCGUGCAUCGGGUUGAGAACACUCGAAUGCAUCCUCUUAUCUCAAGCCGUAAGAUGAUGAAUCGUUCUCAACUCAAUCUUUCACCUUGUUCUUCACCACUUGCCUCGUUUAAAGACAAGUUUGAAUUCCCAGCCCCUUCAGACCUUUGGCCCUCAUUUUCGUUCCCAACGCCACCGACUUCGCCGGUCGAAUUCUGCAGCAACUGUCAAGAGGUUACGAAAGAGAUGCGCUGGCACGCCGCCUCGGGUCCGUGGGGAGAACUGAGGGAAAUCUCGGACGAAGAAAUCGAAGUGGACGAUGUCCCAUUCGAAAUUGCGCGGCAAUUUUGCGGAAUGCGCGCCGAAUCUCCCGCCAUUCUCAAUGACAUAAUGUGGAGCGGAGAUCGAGUCAGGAGGCCAGAUUCUACCACCGAUUUCGAAGCUCGAUUCAGUUUGUCGUCAACUCCGACAUGCUUUGAUCAACCGAUUAGCCAUACAUUUGUCGAGCCGGAAGAGCUGUUCUCAUUCUCGUUGCUAAGCCACUGCAGUGAUCAAGACGUUGGUAUGUUGGACAGACUCGCAAACGGUGAUGCUGCCUUCAAUAUUCCAUCAGAGGACCUUCCAUCCGAAACAGAGGAAGAUGAAAUCGACGUUGUAAGUGUCACAGUAGACAAAACAAAGGAAGAGGUCGUCACCACCCGUCUAAGUCCAGACACCACCGAGCAGGAAGACAGAUCGAUGAACACCCCGCCAAAACAGCGCUGGACUAAAGGAAAAAACGAAGAAUCAUCCGAGCCGGGAAACGAAGAUGGAAGUGGACGUAUUUCUCACAAUGAUUUGGAAAGGAAGCGACGCAACGAUCUACGGAAUCGUUUCCAGUGUCUUCGAAGAAGCAUCCCAUCAUUAGAAGAGAGCGAACGCGCAGCUAAGAUAACAAUUUUGAGGAGAGCAUCGGAAUUUAUACCUUUACUUCAAAAGGAGGAGGAGAAAUUACUGGCGCUUAAAGCGGAAGAAAAGAAACGAAAUGCUGCCCUUUUGAACACUCUCAUGAAACUUACAAAAAACAAGAGAAGAUGAACGCAAUUUGCGCCCUGAGGCAUUUAGGUGUGGUUUUCGGAUUUCCUCUUUCGCGUUCACACUUCACUAACACAUAUAUCUUCAUACUUGAAUACUUUUCUAAACCAUAAUUAUUUUGAUAUGGAUUUUUUCUUGUGUACGCACAAAUACUUUUUCAUUGUUAGUCGUUUUUUACCUCGUGCAGAAAUUUUUGUCAGCAGUGUUCACGGGCUCGUGUUGUUUUGUGGUUAAUUCACGUUAUCAAUCAAAAAACGCAAGGGAAGUACUUAAAUGUAACUAAAAGUUCUCUUUUCAUUGACCUAAUAUUUAUAAGAAACUUGAUAAAAAAGAC